AUGGCCCCCGGAACGCUUUCUCCCCAGCUGCCUUCCGCGCCCUACGGACUCGCCACUGGCUCCGCUUCCUCCAAGACCAGCCGCAAUGCCAGCGCUGUCUACGGCCAGCAUCAUGAUGAAGAGUACUCAUCCGAGACGGUCGAGAGCCGCCAGCGGGCUAUGAGCCAGCGGUUGUUCUCUCGCAAGAGCUCAAUGCUCAACGUCUCCAACAUUUCCAAUGUCGUGUAUUCGAUCAAAAGACGCAGCUCUGGGGAGUUGGGGUCCAAUAUCUCGGCUCGACUCUUUAGCGCCACGCACGAGUCUCUACUCGAGUGGAUCAGCGCCCAGCGCAUGAGUGAUCUGCCUCCAGAAGGCAGCAGCUAUGACAAGGUCCUCGCAUGGGCUCAGCUUUUCGCCAACCGCCUUCACUCCUUUGAGUAUGCCAUUCAGGAGUUUGCCGGAGACAGCUACCUAGCUGCCCAGCUUGCUUAUGGAUACUGUUCACUCCUUCUCGAGCUCGGAAAGGAGAAUGCCCGUGCUCUGAUGAUCUCUUUUGGAUUCUUCUACAGCACGUCCGUUCCGCUUCUAAACCUGCUCGAACGCAUCGAACUUUUCAGUGUCUCCCAAGAGAUUCGCGAGCAGCUCGUGCUCGCGUUGUCCGAUCUGGUGUCCCUGGUCGCAAGCGUGGCUACGUAUUUCCACAAAGCCAUUGGCGAGACCACCACUUCAGUCUCGGUCAAUAUCUACUCCACCUUUCCGACCCAGAUUAGGACUUUCCUGGAACGAUGCGACAAGACGGCCGAGCUGAUGUGGCAGCACCGGCUUCUGAAGGAGGGAGUCACAGAGAGCAGAGUCUCUCAGAUCCGGGCGAUCAAGGCGUGGAUCGCGCCGGAGGACCAAGUGCUGUCACGCGUUGUCAAUUCGACUUCGCAGUCGGCCCAUGACCGUGAAGAACUGACUUGUCUUUACAUCGGGGCCUACCUGACCCGAUUUCUGAAGGGUUCGCAGAAGACUAUGGCCUUGAGUGGUCCCCCCGGGUCGGGAAAGACGGUACUGGCUUCUGUCAUUUUCGACUAUCUGCAGCAUCCCAUUGCUGGUGUGAAUUAUAGCGCCCUGUUUGUACCAAUUAAUGGUCACGUUCCUGGCGAGACGACUCCCCGCGCGGUCGCCAAGUCGUUGUUGUACCAGCUGUUCCAGAAACGCACGGGCAACGUGCAGCUGCUCAACAUCUUGACUGAAGCCUUUGAGCGCACCGUCCGGAUGACGACCGAGGACGAGUACGAUAAUAUCCUGUGGCAGACCGUUGAGCGUGCCGUGACGGCCAACCUCCCAGGCGCCAAAGACCUUGUCUUCGUCUUAGACGGUCUAGAUGAGUGCUCGGCCGGGGAAGAAGCCCUCUUCAAACGUCUUCAGAGUGUCGCGAACACCAAAGGCGCAAGCACUUUGAAGCUCAUCACACUGGGUACCAAGCCUCAACAAGGUGUCCAAAACUUGCAGAUCAACGAGGACCUCAUCUUCGAUGACAUUAUGGCUGUUGUACGCAACUACUUUGAGGCAUCGAAGCUGUACAUCUCGAUGAGCGAGAUGGAGCGCGAGGCGCUUGUGGCAGGGAUUGCCACGGCCUCCAAGGGUUCUUUCGUCUGGGCGAAGCAGGCCUGCAAGCAGCUCCGUCGCGUGACCACGGUCAAGGAGCUCUUUUCCAGCCUGGAGAAGAUUGGUAACUGCAGCAUCGCCGAGUUCGUGCACCGGACUCUUACCGCGCCAGAGGUCACUUACCAGACUCGUCUGCUGCUGACCUGGCUUGUCACUGCAGAACGGCCCCUGAGCACCAACGAGUUGGCCACUCUAGCAUCCAUCAACGUGGAUAAGCAGACCAUUGACCAUGACCACAAGAUCGACGUCAUGAGCACCCUGAGGCCUGUGAACUCGCUCGUGUUCAUGCAAGAUGGGCUGACUUACCUGCGUCACGAUGUCGUUCGCAAGGCCGCUACACAGUGUCUCAACGAGACGAAGGGGUCCAUCAAGGACCGCCACGGCGACUUGGCCACACGUCUGCUCAUCUACAUCAACUCGACUGUCAUUGAUCCGCGCGAGCCCACAUUGACAGUUCUGGACAGCUACUCAGUGCAGCAGCUCACGAGCAGACACACUCUGCUCGAGUUUGCCAUCAGUUACUGGCCGCUGCACCUUCGCAAGAGCUUUGCCUUCUUGAAGCCGGACACCAGCAAGUCCGAGGCUGCCAAGCUCGUGCCCAAGGUCGUUCCCAAGAACCUCACUGUCUACCUGUUGCAGGCGGCGCUCUGGCAGCACCAGCCUCUCCCGAAUCAGCUCAAGUACCACACGAUGAUGACCAACAUCACCCGCCAACUGCUCACAACGAAGAGCACCAUCACGCUACAGUCCAUCAUUUUCUUGGCACAGAUCUAUCGCCGGAUCGAAUUUACUCCAGAUGCCACCACCCUUUUCUAUGAGGCGACAACAGUGUCCAACUCCCUGCUCACAAGCAAGAGUCCCAUCACGAUGGAGCUCGCCAAGAUCUUCACCGAGCUGACCAGCACGCGUGUGACUACGUCAAAGACGGACGUUAUCAUGACCCAUCGCGAGCAGGUCCUUCUGAUCUUGACCGAGUGCUACAAGAUACAGUAUGGUCAGAAGUCCGAGUAUGUCCUGACGACGCUGACGCUGUUGGUCGAGCACUACCGCACAGUAAAGGACGAGACCAAGACUCAGCAGAUGAUCACCAAGAUUCGCGGUGACAAGAAUGAUACCCUUGAUGAAGAUCUACAUGUCCACCUCCACGGCCGUAAAGACACGCAGGGUGGUCACGCGGGUAGCGGUGUCGUCCUGACGCUCGACACUGAGGAGCAGGACGAGGUCAUCGAGGGCCGUGGCGCGGGUGCCGCGUACGACUUUGAGUUCUUCCUCGUCAAGGCGGAGCGCUACCUCGCCGAGGGCCGCACCGAGCUCGCAGAGAAGACAUACAUCGAGAUUUGGGAGCGCGUGACACGCGAGUACCGCGCCACGCACUCCGCGCUCUGGGAGGAGCGCAAGAUGAAGAGUGUCGUCUGCUACUCGCGCUUUCUCAUGCAGCACAAAAGGACUGAGCAUGCGCGUAGCAUCCUCUGCACUGCGUGGGAGGAGUACAGGUACUCGUCGUCACAGAGCGUGAUGACUGAGAGCACUUCGGCAAUGUAA